CCUAAGCAGAGUCCAGCCCAUUGUGAAUUAUGGUCCAAAAUCCGUCCUUAGUUUUCCGGCCUACAGUUCGCCGGGAGAGAAGACGAUGAAACUGAAAUAGUCACUCUGUUUUCUGGUCAGACCGCUUCCGAUUAAGAUGGAGUACGAGAACAAACUCAUCCUUGCUCCUAUGGUUCGCGUUGGAACGUUACCAUUUAGACUAUUGGCCGCACAAUACGGUGCAGACAUUACCUAUGGAGAGGAAAUUAUUGACCAUAAGAUGGUCAAAUGCGAGCGUAGAUUAAAUGAGCGUGUUGGUUCAACUGAUUUUGUGGAGAAAGGGACGGACAAUGUUGUUUUCAGGACCUGCAGCCUAGAAAGAAGUCAAGUUGUUUUUCAAAUGGGUACUUCUAAUGCUGUGAGGGCUCUAACUGCUGCUCAAAUAGUAUGUCAAGAUGUUGCUGCAGUAGAUAUCAAUAUGGGUUGCCCCAAGUCAUUUUCCAUCAGUGGGGGCAUGGGUGCUGCACUAUUGAAUAAACCUGACCUCAUUCACGAUAUUUUGACAACAUUGAGGAGGAACUUGAACAUUCCAAUUACAUGCAAGAUUCGACUUUUAAGUUCGUCUCAGGAUACAGUGGAGUUAGCUAGGCGAAUAGAGACCAUUGGUGUUUCAGCUCUUGUUGUUCAUGGAAGAAGAGUUGCAGAUCGGCCGAGAGAUCCAGCGAAGUGGAGUGAGAUUGCAGAUGUUGUGGCAGCGUUAUCUAUCCCAGUCAUUGCGAAUGGUGAUAUAUUUGAGUACGCAGAUUUUCAACGUGUCAAAGUUGAUACAGGUGCUUCCUCAGUGAUGGUUGCCCGAGGAGCUCUUUGGAAUGCUUCAAUCUUCUCCCCUGAAGGCAAAUUGCCAUGGGAAGAUGUGAAAAGAGAAUACGUUAGGAAGAGCAUCUUGUGGGACAAUGAUAUCAAAAGUACGAAGCACACGCUAAAAGAAAUGAUAAUGCAUUAUUCUUGCCUCGAACUGCCAGAAGGAAAGGCCGUGAUAAAAUCUGAAUCGUUGGCAGAUCUAGCGAAGCUUUAUGGUGAGGAAAAGUACAAUCUAUUUGUUCAAGAGAAGCGGUUGUUCGAUGGAAGUAGAUGACAACCUUUCCUAGUUCAGAUCAAAGAUGCUUGCUGCUACCCAUUACUCAACGUGGAAACAGACAAGUGAAUAUUGCAGCUUUGAAGCCGCCGUACUGUCUCUUGUAAAACCCAUUUGAUUGAUUAUACACGUGCAUCAGAUACUGUAUCAUUCUUUAGAGUAGUAUAUAGAAGUUGGAUGCACUGCGGCAGCAUAAUAUAUAUAUAUAUUAUAUAUAUAUAUAUAUAUAUAUUCCCGUUUUAUUCUUAUCAUGUUGAAAACUUAUUUACGGGCCACAGUUAAGGACCCAAAAAUCAACGACCUGUUUCACUUUACAGAAUAUUUAUGAGCAUUGAACGUGGAGGAAGUAAAGUAA